GAAGUAUAGUGAAUUUGAGAAUUUGAGCCACCAAGGCAUUUAUAAUCCAUAUCCUGCCUUUGUUCACUUAUAUAACUGGGUCAGUAUGGAAGAGGCAGAACUGGUAAAGGACCGACUCCAAGCAAUAACGGAUAAGAGAAAAGUCCAAGAAGACAUUGUUCAUAAAAAGCUGGAAAUAGACCAGGAGAGGCUAAAGCUUCAGCACUUAAAGAAAAAGUCUCUGAGGGAACAGUGGCUCAUGGAUGGAACGAGCAACCAAAGCCCACAGCAGAGAGAGACUUUGAGGGGAGAUCAACAACAAACGAAACUCCUCCAGACCAGCAUCCACAGGAUGGAGAAAGAGAUUGAGGCUCUGGAGAGGGAAGAGACGAUGAUUUCGAAAAAUGAGGGCUUCAUACUGAAGAGGCUGAAAGCUAUCGAGAAAACACCUGAGGAGAUAAUAAAGGACGCAAAGGAGAAUUUCCAAGAAGGGCCAAUCCAUAUCAACCCAGCUACUCCAGAUGCCCCAAAGUCCUGCAAACCUCCAAUCUCAAAGAAGCAGUCCUUUGAAUCUAAUAAGGACACACCCAAACAAACCAUGUUUGCCAUGGAGAUCAACGUCCAGAAGGAUCUCCGUACCGGGGAGACCCGGGUCCUGUCCACAUCCACUGUCACCCCCCAGGUGCUCCAGCAGAGAGGGGUCAAAGUCUAUGACGACGGCCGCAAGUCUGUCUAUGCCCUGCGGUCUGCCGAGUCUCAGCUGGGGGAUGGUUCUAACAGAGUGGACGAGCUCAGCGCUAUGGAGGUGGAGGUUCUGCUCAGAGCAGCUACAGAGCAGAAGAAGUCUCAAAGCGGCCCACUGGGCCACCAAGGCCAUCAGGAAUCAGUGUCUGCAUUCUCCACCCCCCGUGGCUCUCGGGGCCACCAUGAGCUCAGCCCUAUGGAGGUGGAGGAGCAGCUCCGAAAGGGUACAGCGCAGAAGAUGCCUCAAAGCGGUGCUUUCCCAAAAGACCACCGGGGCCACCAGGAAUCAGUGCCUGCAUUCUCCAACACCUGCAGCUGGAGGGCCUCAGUCCCCAACAGACCCCAACAGAGUAACGCUAAAGUCAUCCACGAAACCAAUGGGAAUGGGUAUCAGCAAGAGUCGUAUAAGCGUGAUGUCCUCUCCAGGAAGGAGCUCCACUAUAUUGAUGGAGUCCACAACUCAGGGCUGGAGAUUCUUUCCUCCUCCCCUCACAUUCCAGUCCAUUAUUUCAUUGGCAGGCAGGAUGAGGAGUACUACCAGCCAAACAACGGGUAUAACCAGAAUCCUUUCUCUUAUGGUGUGGAGAAAGGGUUCACCACCGACGACUUCUACCAUAGCCCUAGAGAGAACCCGCGAGGAGGGAUGUUUUACGACUCAUCAGUUGAAAUGGACCUGAGGCCGUCUCCGAUCUACCAGGAAGACUCGCACUUCAGUAUCCUGAACACCAUGGACACGUCCGAGCCUGUCACCGCCAUCUUUAUGGGCUACCAGACCGCAGAGGAUGACAGUAGGCGUGGCCUUGGCUAUGAAGGAUCCAUCCGGGCCGAGCUUGUCGUCGUUGGCGACGAGGAUGGGGUGGACGAGAGUAACCCUCAGUUUAACACCUACACCGCGGAUGGCUAUAACAACCGGGGCUACCAUCACUGUCAACCUCAACAGAACUUAAUCAAAUACAUGGCAGAGCCCACAGCUAAUUUUAACUCAAACAAUGCAUCACCGUACACAGCAUCAAGGAAUUUGGUCUAUCCUGGUCAACAGGCCAAAGAGUCACACUACCUGUAUUCAGACGGACAGUCCGACGAGGACGGGACAGAGAAGCACUCUGCCCCAGGUAUCAGAAAGAUUAAAAAGAUUAAAAAGAGAACAAAGCCCUGCUGCAUGCUCAUGUAACCAACCUGCAACUGCUGACGCUACUGUAACUAACAAAGUUCACUUUAUAUGCUUUGACUGACAGCACUUCUGAAGUCUUUCAUUGGCUGGCUAGUGUGUUGAACUGUGUGCUGGUUACUUGGCUUCUUCACUGCAUCAGUUUCUCUUUGUCGUAGCCAUUGCAACACAGAGUGACCUGAAACUCUCAUUCUAAUCACAAUGUAUCACUGUAUAAAUACAUAGUGAUGUUGUGUAUCCAUACGAGAGCUUGUGUUGAUGAUUGAAGUCAAACUCUGCCUCUCUCUAGUGGCUGAUAGGCAUUCUGCCUCCCUCUAAUGUCUGAGAGGCAGUUGUACUGUAUCUUUGGUUAUCUUUUAAUUAUUUGUUUCAAUAUCUCACAUGAAAGAUUCACCAGAAUCUCAUAAACUCGAAGAACCAUUUAUAAUCGUCUGUCUGAGACAGACAGGGCGAGUGGCAAAUGAGGUGAGCCCCUCCCCUCAUACUAAAGACCUACUUGCCUGCCCUCUGGUAAUUCUCACCUCUCUUCCUCAUGUAGAGUACUACUCUAAGCUCUCCUUAGCACAACUUUGUUUUCCUGUUCGACUGUUCGUAGGUGUGCUGUGAGGUUACGCCCCCAAGCACAGCUUUUGUCUGUGUUGGGUGACUCUUUUGGGUAGGAAUGAGCUUUUCCGCUUUUUCUUCCCCUUGUCUCCUGUGGUGGCUACUGAGAUUUGGCUAGCUCGCUGCAAGGCUAGCUAUUCUACCGACUGGUUUUUCUACCUGGAAGGGUACAAUUACUAGCUCGCUCCGCUCUCUCAUUUAACUCAACCCACUACCGUGCCGUGUUGACUAGACCGACCAUCCUAGUUUUCACUGCUUAUCGGUCGAGAGCCACACUUUUGUUCAUUGCAAGACCAACAUAGCGCUAGCUUCCUUUGGCUAACAUUGUGCUAACUAGCUAGGCUAAUAACCCACAAGGAAAAUGCUAGCUACGUUCACAUUGUUAAAGGAUUUGUUUCUCAGGUUAGCACUGUGCUAACUAGCUAGGCUAUUAGCCCACGUGGUGAACGCUAGUUAUGUUUCACUUUGUUCUCAGAUUAGCUAUUUUUGUGGAGCCAUGGAGCCAAGCAACGGUCAACGAUCCCCAAUCAUGUGCCCUUGCAUAUUAGAAGGUUUAUUAGUCGCAUGCACAGGACGGCAGAUAUGAUUAGCAAGCAGCGCAUGGGGGGGAGGGGGUCUGCCUAAUGGCUAUUCAGCAGCCUGAUAGUCUUGGGGUAGAAGCUAUUAGCCAAUCUGACAGUUUUUGCCAUGAUUCUCCUAUACUGCCCGCAUCUGAGUGAUGGAAGAGGGUAGAACAGGCCUCGGCUCGGGUGGCUGAUGUCGUUGAUGAUCUUCUUGGCCUUCCUGCAACACCUGGUGUCCAGGUGCUAGAGCUCCUUCUACACGCUCACUGUAUAGAAACAAGAUAAGAUAUACUUUAUUAGUCCAUACGUGAUGGAAAUUUGUCUUCUGCAUUAACACAAAUCCUCCGAUAUACACACAAACACACAUUAGGUUGGAAAGGCUGGAGCAGAAGGCAUUUAGUGAAGGGGGCAUGCCUGCGAGGGGAGACCCCUCUCUCGACAACGGUUAUCAUAUUGGAUUGUGGAAGCAUUAAACUGGCAUAUAAUAGUAAAGGGUUUACAGCCUCUGGAGGCCCUGAGGGCUCACUCCACCAGAGGUAGAGAUCCAGAAUUCUAAAUAAUAUCACGGGUCUGGGUUGGAUCUGAUAUGAUCGUCUCGGGUCUCGAGUAUGUGUAAUUUUAACUGACUUGUCCGGAAGGGCCCAUACAGAUCCGAAUGUGACUGUUGCAGUAGAGAGAGAAAGAAAAGUUUAUGUUGUUUAUGCUGCUGCUCUUGCUUUUCACAAGAGUGGAGCGUGGCGCACGUAGCUUGUUGUUGGCCGAUCAUAAGUCAUCAAAGCGGCAAUAGGCUACAGUCAUAGAGCCUCGCUCCAUGUGUGGCAACAGUUAGGAGAUCUCUAAUAAGUGGAAGAUGGAAUUAAAAUGACUGAAUUAAAAGUUAAAGGAGAAGGAUAGGCUACAACGACCAAGAGCCAACAGACUACUACUUAAUAUUCUGAAUGGAGUUAUUAUUUUUAGCAGUAGGAUGAGAAAGUGCAUGCACUCAGAUAGCCUAGCUAGCUAACGUUAGCUAGCUUCACUAGCUUCUCCCUGUUUGAUACAGUCUAAGACAGGUACUACGUCAUCAUAUUUGAUGAGAAAUAACCUAGCUAUGGCAGCUAUUAAUCUACUAUAGCACGAGUCGGCUUGGUUGGUUUGGUUGGUUGCUGUCCCUCGUCUCUCCCUCGAUGCUCCCCAUGUCACUCACUAAUAGUACGGCCCACCUCUCUCCCUCCUCUUGUGCUUUAUCAGCUCCAGUUAAUAAAGUAGCUUUAAAAAAUGACUUUUUCUGCUGCUUCCCACACUUGAACCGGGUCUGGAUCCGACCAUGUCUUUAUGGAACAGGUCUAGUUUUCCUCGCGUCCCUUUGGAAUGGGUCUCUAUAUUUUUAAAAUGCAUUUAUGCAUAGUGGGUCUGGGUAGGAAAGCCCUAGGUCCAUUUCGGAAUGGGUUCAACUUUUUGGAGCCGUGAAGACCUUUAACCACAGGUAUGGCUACUUUUUUGGGCGCUGUUCAAGGGCAUCUCCUUACAGGAGAUAUGCGAUGCAGCUCGUUGGGCAUACCUUCAUAAUUUGACCUGUCUCUCUCCGACAGACAUGUUUGAUUGGUUCUUAGAGCUAAUGAGUUUCCGGGGAAUCCCUCGUGAUGUAUCUCACUCAUAAUAUCAGAGACCCGGGGUUACGCAAGUAGCCUUAAGUUUCCUACGUGAUGCCAAAGGGAUCUUGACUGUUUGUAUAAUAUGUAAAAUAUGAUUUGAUAUUUUUUAUGUUUAUUGCUUUUGGGGAACAAAGAUCAAAUUGACUUUUUUACUGACAUAUUGUAAAUCACUAGUGUGAAUGUAUAUUGCAAAUCAAAUUACGCUCUGACUAAAUAAUUGUUUUGUACUAAUUUAAUAUUAAUUAUUUGUAUGUGUGUUUUCUAGAAUCUCUUUUCUACAUUACAAUGCUGGUAUGCCAUGACUGUCCUCUGUAUACUUACAGUAGUAUGCAUGAUUGCUUGCCCUGUAACUUAAACAAUAAUUUAUUCAUUAUUA